UGCGCCGAUGACGUUUAUACGUGGCAUCACUAUUCAGACUCUUUCAUCGGCGAUGAACAAGGUCUAGUCAUAACAGUGAAACAAUGUACGAUGGAGAUUGCUCUCUGCUACCACGCGACCGCCUCAGAGAAGCAGAAUCAUGCAUUGUACUACUCUGAAUCAACGCUCACCUCGGUAUGUGCCGUCUUCGGAUCUUACAUCUUCUUCUGCAGUUAUGAGUGGCCAACGAGCUAUCAACAGCCCCACUCCAAGGGCGCAAUUUCUUCGUACUUGUAUGACUUCGUCCACCCAGGAUUGGGGAGGGAUAGUAUUGUGAAGCACUCGCCCGUUUGUGCCAGUACCGUAUCAUAGGCCUGGUUUAAGCCUUUCAAUAGAAAUCAUGCAGCGCACAUUUCUUGCCUUUCAACACAAUGCCAAGCUACACAGUCUCCAAGCAGUGGUGCAAGCAGUGAGAUCGGUUGCGUCGCUCGAAGAGGCAAACAGAGGCCUUUUCAAAGGCGCGAGCGAGGAGGAUCACGUCGUAGUCACCGACAAAACCAUAUUUCAUCCGCAAGGUGGCGGCCAGCCAUCCGAUGUUGGAGUGAUCAAGGCUGACUCGGGAGCCAAUUUCGACGUGUCGGCCGUUCGCAUAAACGCAAUAACUGAAGGAGAGGUUCUCCAUCUUGGCAGAUUUUCCGACGCAUCCGCACAUUUCACACCCGGCGAGACGGUCACACAAACCAUCGACAGUGAGAAACGUAUCCUCUAUUCACGCUACCAUACAGCAGGCCAUGUUCUGGGUGGAGCUGUUCGGCAUCUUCUUGAGAAAGAAGUCCCCGGCUUUGACGAAUUGAAGGCAUCGCAUUUUCCCGACUCAGCAUCGUGCGAAUUUCAAGGUCUGAUUGAGGGGAAAUGGAAAGACGCUAUCCAGGCGCGCGUCGAUGAGUAUAUCAACAAAGACAUGCCAGUUGAGAUAGACUUUUGGGACGAAGACGACUUCAAAGCGAACGGGCUGGAAAGACUCAUACCUGAUCGAAAGGUAAUGGGCAUGGCAGAUGAUGAGAAGUUUCGUGUAGUCAAGAUCAUCGGAUGUGAAGCCUACCCAUGCGGUGGAACUCACGUUGAUAGCACUCAGCUCUGCGGUAAAACAAACGUCAAAAAGAUCAGUCGAUCGAAGGGUAUAAGCCGCGUCAGCUAUAUACUCCCUUGACAGUCCAUAUCAACUGCGUUAGGCAUACCAAAAGGCCAGCUAGCCAGUCGGCUCCGGUAGAACGGAAUCAAUAGAGCAACCACAUCUAGACCGU